UAUAGUGCACCGGUACAGAGGUAAGACAAGGGCUCUGACAGUCGGUCACUCAUCCCGGGAAGAGGGCAGAAGCAACUGGACGCGCAGAGUCAAACCAGCCGGAGCACCACACACACCCAGACGAGAUUCAUAAGGGGACGUUGGAGCAUUAUUGACACAAGACGCGCAGAGACAGCAGAGCACCGACCACACUUGGACCUGACAGUUCUCCUACAUUAAUCGGCAAACUACCUUCAGCCUAACAUGGAGCGCAAAAUCCCUGAUUUCGCCGGCACCUGGGAGAUGAAGAGUUCUGAAAACUUUGACGAACUUUUGAAAAAGUUGGGUGUGAACAAGAUGCUUCGGUUAAUUGCCGUGAAGGCGGCCUCCAAGCCUCUGGUGGAGAUCACGCAGGACAGAGAGACGCUGUCCAUUAAAACCUCAACCACAGUCCGCACCACCCACAUCACUUUCACUGUGGGGCAGGAGUUCAACGAGGCCACAGUGGACGGACGUCCCUGCACGAGUUCUCCACAUUGGGAAACCGACAGUAAGAUCAGUUGUGAGCAGACUCUGCCGAAAGGAGAGGGGCCAAAGACGUCCUGGACCCGAGAGAUCACCAAUGACGGCAAACUGAUCCUGACCAUGGGAGCAGACGAUGUGAUAUGCACCAGAGUCUACGAGCGACAAUGAACAAGAGCACUUCUCACUUUUCGUCCUUCCAGCCAGCCCCCUCUCCUGCAUCACCACUUGCAUCUCGUCACCCUCUUUGUUAUGGCAGCACUGGGAGAUGGCAGUCUUUAGUUGUAUUCCAUUAUCUCUGUUAGCCUCACUAUGUAAUGAGUGUGGCAACUGUGUGUCACAUAUCUACACGACGGUCUUAGCUCCUCAGUUAUCUGCCUCUCUCUGCAGCUCCAUCAAACGUGACCAGCUGGGUUUUAAACAUAAAAAAAAAAUGUAUGUUGGAUUUGUUGAGUGACAGCUCCAUUUAUUUGGCUGUGUGUGUGUGUGUGUGUGUGUGUGUGUGUGUGUGUGUGUGUGUGUGUGUGUGUGGGGCAGCAGAAGAGGUGUGAGACUAUAUUUGUAGACGUGUAAACCAAUCUUUGAGCUCUUCCAGUUUCAGGUCAGUUUUGUUUAGUUGUUCUGCCCCACAACUUUAACCUUUUCUAUCUCAUGACGACGUUUAUAUUUAUUACUACACUAGGAGCCUGCUACAGUACUGCUUACGUUUUUACUUUGUGUCUCUUUUAUAUGAAAUGUGAUCAUAGGAAACAACACUUUCUAUGGGAAAACAAUAAAGCAUGAUAUUAACUCA